AUGGACAUGGAAACUGAGCGCGCACUGGACAAGCGAUGGGCCCCUGUAUCUGUAUCCCGCAACGCAGACUCGGAGUUCAAAUUACGAACCCGCGAUCCAGUCAAGGCUUUUACUUAUAUUUGUCUGGGGUGCGCGCCUUGGAAGACGGAAAACAUAGAACAAGAGUCUGAUGAUGAGGACGAGGAAGACGAGGAGUCCAUAGAGCAGAAGAAGAAAGAUGAUGCGGGGAUUGCUCUGAAGCAGAGUACUGCCGUGCGCGACCCGGAUAACUUCGAGACGCAUGUCUACAAUGACUUCUUUGGAUAUGCCGUUAUGGAGCUGGUGGAGAAUCUGCUCGUGGAUUUUGACGAGGCUGCUGGUGACUGGAAGAUGUACUGUGAAGACGGAGAAACCGUGAAUGCGGUGUGCAUCGCCUUCGCCACGAUGUUCCUUACUAUGCUUGCUACUCUGGAGCGAAAUGACCUCUUCAAGUCGGACUCGGAGGUAAAGAACAUCGGAGCCAUUAUCGGUCUUUUCAUUCGCUUCAUUGUUGAUGUCGAAGAGUACGGUAUAGACUGGGAUGGCUAUGAUGUGAAGAUCAAGGCUUACGCUGCUAAGCACGAUGUCAUAAUCCAUGGUCUGAACCACCGCUAUGUGGAGUCGUCUGAUGAGACGGUUGAGCUUCCUGAGGUUAGCGCUAAUUCCAAUGAUCCCUAG